CGUUGCGCUGGAAAGGAGGGUUUUUUCCAUUUCUGUUAAAACUGUGAACUGUUUUAAAAGGGACAUAAUACUACUACCCGUUCUUCCGUUAUCAGCUAUCAAGUCAAGUGUACGCGUGUGUGCUCUGUGGUGAUAAGUUCCCCAAUUAAUUAGUCAGCAAUAACGAAAAAAUGUCCGGAAAAGUUGAAAACGGUAGUGUACCGAAAGGCGUUGCUGCUGCUGCAGCAGCACCGGCUCCGAACGAGGAUCAGGCCAGCCUGCUGCCGCAUCUCGAAUCGUUGGAUCGCAUGCUGAAGCUGCCGGUGGUGGACGCAACCUGGCAGCAAACGCAGAACGUCUACGGACGGGUGAAAGACUGCAACCCACUGCUAACGUGGGCCCUUGGAACGGCCGAAGAUGUCGUGCACCGUGCCGUCACGAUCUCCGCUCCCCUGGUGCAAAAGCUGGACCGCCCGCUUCAGCUGGUCGACCAAACUCUGGUCAAGGGAAUCGAUAAACUCGAAGUGAAUGCUCCGAUCAUCAAGGAGCAACCGCAGGAGAUCUACAAUCAGGCCAAAUCGAAGGUGCUGGAAACGGUUAAACCCUACACGGAGAAAGUCUGCGAAAUGCGCUCGGCAACACAGCAGCGAGCUUCCUCGCUGAAGGAUCUCUCCUGGAAGAAAGCGAACGAAGUACUGGCAACUCAGUAUGGCAGCAUCGCAGUUUCCGGCGUGGACACAACCGCUCAACUGGCCGAGCGUCUGCUGGAUUACUACUUCCCGAAAAGCGAGGGUGACAUCGAAGAUGACAACGCUGCCAUUUCCGCCAAAGACGACCCUGUCCUGCACACCGUCCAGACCGUCGGUCGCCUCUCGAACAAAGUCGCCCGCCGCGUUUACCGCACCGUCUCCAAGCAGGUCAAAUCCCUGCGAAAGGAGGACGUUAAGGACUACGUGGCCACCCUGAUCGCCGUGCUCCGUCUGACGCAAUACCUCAACUUCAUCAACGACAAGCGUCACCAGCAGCAGCAGCAGCAGGCGAUCGAAGCCUCACCGGAGACGACGACGACACCCAGCUCGUCGGCCACGACCGUUUCCGACGUCGUCGCCACCACCAACAGCAGCCAGACCCUGAAGGAGAAGCAACAGCAGAAACGGUCCCAACACAAUGCGUCUUCCUCGAGCACCAGUUCCACGACCGUCGGUUCCACCUCAACGGCCGCCGACGAGGGAGCGGCGGCAAACAGCGUCACCAAACAACCUCCGAAGGAAGAUUCGCCAAAGCAGUGAAUGUUCAAAAAGUAAAAAACGGAGCGCAAAACGGCUCAAGUCGGGCACCCGGUUGGUUGCCUACUAGAACUACUGGAACUGAUUAACUAAUGGUAGAUUGUUAGUUUAUUCCCAAUGUUUUUUCCCGCUAUUUUAAGUCGUUUUGCUGAACUUGUGUCCGAACGUGUUGCAACAUGUGUGAAUGCGAGAACUGUGUGAAUUUGUUUGAACGAAACAUUGUCUUGUAUGUAUAGCUUUUUUUUCUUUUUCCCCGGGGAAUUAGUUGAUAGAGAAAACUAAACAGAGAAAUUUAUAUUUUUUUUUUCAACUUAUUCGAUAAGCAAUAUACGUUUACGAGAGCUCUAUUACUGUUUACUCAUUGCAUCAGAAAUAUGUAAAACUGAAAAUUUAAAUACAUCGCAGGAUAUUGUAUACAAU